UGUACUGACUGUAGUACACUGUACCAGGACAUGGUGGUGGUAGAGAACAUGCACGACUGUACUGUACUGUACUGACUGUAGUACACUGUACCAGGACAUGGUGGUGGUAGAGAACAUGCACGACUGUACUGUACUGUACUGACUGUAGUACACUGUACCAGGACAUGGUGGUGGUAGAGAACAUGCACGACUGUACUGUACUGUACUGACUGUAGUACACUGUACCAGGACAUGGUGGUGGUAGAGAACAUGCACGACUGUACUGUACUGUACUGACUGUAGUACACUGUACCAGGACAUGGUGGUGGUAGAGAACAUGCACGACUGUACUGUACUGUACUGACUGUAGUACACUGUACCAGGACAUGGUGGUGGUAGAGAACAUGCACGACUGUACUGUACUGUACUGACUGUAGUACACUGUACCAGGACAUGGUGGUGGUAGAGAACAUGCACGACUGUACUGUACUGUACUGACUGUAGUACACUGUACCAGGACAUGGUGGUGGUAGAGAACAUGCACGACUGUACUGUACUGUACUGACUGUAGUACACUGUACCAGGACAUGGUGGUGGUAGAGAACAUGCACGACUGUACUGUACUGUACUGACUGUAGUACACUGUACCAGGACAUGGUGGUGGUAGAGAACAUGCACGACUGUACUGUACUGUACUGACUGUAGUACACUGUACCAGGACAUGGUGGUGGUAGAGAACAUGCACGACUGUACUGUACUGUACUGACUGUAGUACACUGUACCAGGACAUGGUGGUGGUAGAGAACAUGCACGACUGUACUGUACUGUACUGACUGUAGUACACUGUACCAGGACAUGGUGGUGGUAGAGAACAUGCACGACUGUACUGUACUGUACUGACUGUAGUACACUGUACCAGGACAUGGUGGUGGUAGAGAACAUGCACGACUGUACUGUACUGUACUGACUGUAGUACACUGUACCAGGACAUGGUGGUGGUAGAGAACAUGCACGACUGUACUGUACUGUACUGACUGUAGUACACUGUACCAGGACAUGGUGGUGGUAGAGAACAUGCACGACUGUACUGUACUGUACUGACUGUAGUACACUGUACCAGGACAUGGUGGUGGUAGAGAACAUGCACGACUGUACUGUACUGUACUGUACUGUACUGUACUGUACUGACUGUACUGACUGUACCAGGACAUGGUGGUGGUAGAGAACAUGCACGACGCGCCCUAUGUGUCGCCCCAGCACUCAGGUCCUGAGGUCGUGGCCGCCAUGACAGCUGUCUGCGUCGCCGUCAGGAGACGCUGGGGGCGCCGCCCCUUGGGGUGCCAGUUUGCUCUGGCCGUGGCGCUCGCCAGCGACUUGGACUUCGUGAGGGCGGAAGGCUUCGUGUUCGGACACGUCGCUGACGAAGGCUACACGAAUGCGUGCGCCGGGACACUCCUCAGGUAUCGUCGUCACAUCGGAGCGCAGCAUAUUGGCAUCUGGGCAGACAUCAAGAAAAAACACAGCUCGCACGCCAUCACGGCCGACGUGAGUCUGGGCGACACAGCGCGGGCGGCAGCAUUCUUCGGGGCGGCGGCGGUGGUCGUGACAGGGGCGGCCACGGGCGAGGAGACGGACGUCGGACACUUGCGGGGUACCUUACUUGCUACUGUGCUGUUUAUGAUUACAGGGCCUAUACUUUAA